AUGAAUCGUAUCGUGUUGGUCAGCGAUCCGACCAAAGAGUUUGCCACCAACACCACCAGUUCGUUCAAAGUGCGCCUGCCCGUGCCUUUGGAAUUGAAGGGGGAAGGAUGGAAAGUGGGGCUGGCGGCCAUCUCCACCCCGGACGCCAACUUGGACUUGUCGAGACUCACGAAUGCCGUCAACCCACGUGUGUUCAAGGUGGGCUGCAAGUUGGUGAACAGUUUGACGGACGUGACCCCGGUCCACCACCAGACCACCAUGCAGAUCAAGGAUAUCAUGCACGAUCCCGGCGUGGUGGAUGGGGUGAGUCUCAUGAAAGUCCUCAUACGAAAAUCGCAGUUUUACGAGAUGAAAGAAGCGCAAGCGAAGAGUAAACGACUCUACGACCGGUUUCGGGUCACCUACGAAUGGGACGGCGAGGACCUGCGCAUGCUGGCCAAGGAGUUGGACGACAUCGCGUUGACGACCGGCAUGAUGUUCGUGGAAUGGCACGUGCACGUGACCAUGGCGAAACUGAUGGGGUGGCUGGUGGAGACGGGGAAGGACAAGUACGCCUUGGGACCCAAUCUCCGUUACGAACUCAUUUACAAGACGCAGCAGAGAGGGAAUUAUUACAAAGACGUCAAGAACACGGAACUGAACAACCACGACUUGUGGAAAGUGGAAAGCGGCCUCCUGCAGUUGAGUCAGACCCUCAAUUGGCGUUUCAGCAACUUGAACGUGGCCUUCCGAAACGUGGUGGGGGAACCCUCGCGCACCUUCCUGGUCUACUCGGAUUUGGUGGACAGCAAUAUCGUCGGUGGCCAACAACAUGCGCUGGUGCGCGAAGUGGAGUACCGGCGCCUAGGUCAGGGCGUGGCCUACUUUGAACCCUUGCACAUUCAAUGGUUACCAUGUCGGCGCGAGUACAUGGACCUCGUGGAGGUGCAAAUCGCCGAGAGUCACGGAGGGUUGGUCCAGUUCGGCACGGGACGCACCCUGGUCACCUUCGUGUUCCAACGAGACGUAUAAAAAAGGCGCGUGCCUCGGGGGAACGUAUCACAUCAUGUGGGGAGGCAGUCUGACGCGGUACCGUCCACCACCCCUGCCACCGCAGGAUGGACGAGGACUUCGAGAGGAUCUCUAUCGUUGGGGCGGCCCGAUUCUGGCCACGGCCAUCCAAGCCGGGGCGCGGGCGGGCGCUCAAGGGCAGUCGUGGCGCGGGGUGGCACGGGCGGCUGGCCAAGAGAUAAAAAGAGGGUUGAAACGCAAGGCUCUCCCCAUUGCUGCUACGGUUGCCAAGAGAUCGGCCGCCUCGACGGCCAAGAAAGGGGUUCGGAACACGGUCGGACGCAUUCGCGACGUGCUGGGUGUGUAAGAGAUGACGCGUCCACGACAGUUGGUGGUGCAAUCCCGUCCUCGUUAUCAACGGAGUGUGCCCUCGCCGUUUGGACGACAACGAGGAGGAUGGAUCAGUCCACACGUGCGCAAACCGCCCGCGUACGACUUGACUAAAUGGUUGUUGGCCCGACAACGUCGCGCUCAGCGCGGCGGAUGGAUCGAUGCCAGCGUGCGCAAACCACCAGGGUACGACUUGGCCCAAUGGCUGGCGUCCAGGAGACGUAUAAAACGGCGACGUCGUUGAGGCGGAGACGCACUCGUCGUCCUCGGGCAUCAUGAGCAGUCUCGACCUUUUCUCGGUCCCCUCGACCGACUACAGGUUGCAGGGCUACAAAAUGGUACCCUACCACAAAUUGAGUGCUAGCAUCACGCCGAUGAAGUUCUCGGUGCAGGCCUUGGAAGAUUACGUGGAUUUGAAUCGCAGUUAUUUCAUCGUCGACUUGCGUUUGUCCACGGCGGGUCAGAACGGUAUCGUGGACGAUGAGAAUGCGGCCUCGGAUGCCAACAACACCAAGUUCACGUACGCCGUCAACAACCUGGUCCACACCAUCUUCAAGCAGAUCAACGUGCGGUUCAAUGGCACCCUGAUGACCGAACAGACCGACACCUACGCCUACUCGGCCUUUCUCCAGACCCUGCUCAACUACAGCCAGGACGAUGGGGAGACCUUGUUGGCCCCUCAAGGUUGGGUCAAUUUUUUGAACGUGACCCCGACGCUGGCCGCCACGGGGGUCAACGACGACAUCUGCACCACGGAUGGCUAUGAACACAACGACAGUCACCUGCUCAAGACCCUGACGGACCCUUUCCAUGGCAACAACGUGGUCCGGAUGAUCAUGCGGCCGUACCUACCCAUGUUCCACACGGGCAAGAUCAUGGUGCCCGGGGUGGAAAUGAAUUUUGAGUUCCACUUCCACAGUCCCGAUUUCUACACCUUUGCGACCCUGAACAGUGGCACCGGCCGCAAGAACUACGUUCGGUUGCGAGAAGAAGAUGUGGACAUCACCUUGCAUUUGUGCCGAUUGAAUCUCAACCCGGAUGUCUACGGGUCCCUGGAACGGGAACGCAAGCUCAAAGAGGCGGUGGUCAAGUACCCGGUGGUGAGUGAUCAGAUUCGCACGUUCUCGUUCAACGGGGCCACCACCGUGUGGAUGGAAGAUAACCUCUUUCUGGGGAGGGUCCCCCAGCGCAUGAUCGUGGGGAUCUUGGACAGCACGGCGUUCAAUGGGACCAAGGAAAAGUACCCGUUUUCUUUCCAGAGCAAAGGGGUGACGUCCAUUCGACAGUUUAUCGAGGGAGAAGAGUACCCGUACGUCACCCUGGAAAUGGCCGGCAAUAAUACCCUGAAAGAUUGGGAAGGCUAUCGUCGCUUCUUGGACGCGGCCGGGGCCGUGGCCAAACAUCGCGAGUUUAUGGUCAAACCGGGCGAUUGGGGGCACAACAAGAAUUGUACCCUGUACAUGUGGAACAACGUGCCCAGCGGGGACGCCGAUAGCCUCAAACUCAAUCCCAAGCAGACCGGCAACGUGCGACUGGAAAUCAAGUUCCGAGCGGCCCUGAACGCCAACAUGACCAUCUUGGUGUGGGGUGAAUUUGAAAGCGUCAUCUACAUCGAUCACCUGGGGGCCGUGACGUAUGAUAACAAAACGUAAAGGACCCCAUGGACGUAGUUGGACCAUGGAACUGGUGGCGUUGAGUGAUCGUCAAUUGAGAGCCUUGGCGCUUUCCGACCCCGAGUUGAAGCGCGUGUUCCAAGGCGUCUAUCCCUCCGAUCGAUUGCCCGCGCACCCGCCCAAGACCACCCGAGGCGCCUACAUCGUCAACACGGACCCGGCCGGUGACCCGGGCCAGCAUUGGUUGGCGCUCUGGACGGACCAGGGGGUGUGCGAAGUGAUGGACAGUUACGGCUUGCCGUUAACCUUUUACGACGCCCCGGGCUUGCACGAAUGGAUCGCCAAGCAUUGGAAGGUUGUGGUGCGUACCGACAGGACCCUGCAGGCCUACGACAGUAUGGCCUGUGGACACUAUACCUUUACCUACCUGCAAGACCGCGUGCGUGGACGGACCCUGCUGGAGUAUGUGGAAAGUUUUCGAGACGGCGAUUACGUGUGGAACGAUCAACGCGUGGGGGAACGCGUCCGGGCUUGGAUCCAGACCACCCUGGACGAAGCGGCCAUGGACGAACCCGAUGGACCGGACACCCAACGCUGUGUCUCUCGACGUUGUUUGUUGUCUUCAUUAAACGAGUCUUAACCCUGGAUCGAGGUGUGUGUUUUUUUGGGUCCCACAAGGGAAAGACGACGACGAGGGACGGGUAUAUCAAGGGGACGAGGGGAGACAGGGAAAUGGGUGCGGGGGGCUUCCGCGCGAGCGGUCGGUCCGAUUCCCCAAGGGUUCUCUCCCGACCGGUGGUGGGCACGUCCGGCGUUCUCUACAAAAAUAGUGCUACCCUGGGACUGAGUUGACCGAGUCUGGCCGCGGGGGUGCCCCGUACUCAAAUCAAGGGGCCCUUAGCUCAGGGGGUAGAGCAGCGGCUUUGCAAGUCGUAGGGGAUCGGUUCGAGUCCGAUAGGGUCCACGCCACGUCGUCGCGGGCGCUCCAUAAAACACCGGUGCGCUCGCGGCGACGUGAUUUUUUUGGGGUGAGAACAUGAUCACGCGCCAAGAUAAGCAACGCGUCCUGGAAGCCUUGGACGAACGUCUGUGGAUGGCCCUGUUGCUGAACCCUGUGGACGCGUUGUGCCACACCUGGGAUUAUGGCCACUAUCGCACCUUUCGUCGAUUGGUCUGGGCCAGCGAUUGGGUGGGGUUGGCUCGGGCCUUGGACGCGUGCCCGGAAACCGCCGUGGUCGAGUGCAUGCGGACCUUGAUAAAAGAGGCCUCGCCGCGAUUGUACGCCAUGGUGACAUCAUGAUUCGUCAUCCCUGCAACACGCUGGUGGGCGGCCCGUCGGGGUGCGGGAAAUCGACGUGGACGCGCGGGUUGUUACGCCAUGCCGACGAACUGAUGCACCCCCCGCCUCGGGUCAAACAUUAUUGUUACGGGGCCUGGCAACCGGCCUUUGACGAGAUGACACAAGAGAAGGUGCAGUUUCACGAAGGAUUGCCCACCUCGGAGGAGUUGGACCAAUGGUUCGGUCCCACGCAAGGGGGGCUCUUGGUCUUGGACGAUCUCAUGGACGAAGGCGCCAACGACAAACGCGUGUUGGAUCUCUUUUCCAAGCACUCGCAUCAUCGGAACAUUAGCGUCCUGUUCUUAUGCCAGGAUCUCUUCCCGCCCGGGAAAUUCGCCAAGACCAUUUCGCGCAAUGCCCAUUACAUCGUGGCGUUCAAGAACCCGCGGGAUCAAGUGGGCAUGCGCACGUUGACCCUGCAAGCCUUUCCCAACGACUGGUCGCACGUGAUGAACAUUUUUCGCGAAUGCACGCAACGUCCGUUUGGCUAUUUAAUGCUGGACCUGCAUCCCGCGUCAGACGAUCGGUACCGUCUCUUCACCAACGUGUUACCGGAGGAAGGACCGACGGAGACCUAUGAACGCCAAGCAUGA